CACUCCUCACUCCCUCGCAGUGACCGACACUUUCCUAGCUCAAGCUAAGCUCCGCAACCAUGGCGCCCACCAGGUUGCCUCUCCUCCUCCUCCUCGCCGCCACUGUCGCUGCCGCGGCCGACCUGUCCGUCUACCACAAUGUCCACCCUCCGUCCGCCUCCCCGCUCGAGUCCAUCAUCGCGCUCGCCCGCGACGACGACGCGCGCCUCCUCUUCCUCUCCUCCAAGGCCGCCUCCACCGGCACCGCCUCGGCGCCCGUCGCCUCCGGCCAGACCCCGCCCUCCUACGUCGUGCGCGCCGGGCUCGGCUCGCCGGCCCAGCCCAUGCUCCUGGCCCUCGACACCAGCGCCGACGCCACCUGGGCGCACUGCUCCCCGUGCGGCACCUGCCCCGCCAGCAGCCUCUUCGUCCCGGCCAACUCCUCCUCCUACGCGCCCCUCCCCUGCUCCUCGUCCAUGUGCCCCAUCCUCCAGGGCCAGCCCUGCCCGGACCGGGACCCCUUCGACAGCGCGGCGCCGCUGCCGUCGUGCGCCUUCUCCAAGCCGUUCGCCGACGCCUCCUUCCAGGCGGCGCUGGCCAGCGACUGGCUGCAUCUGGGCAAGGACUCCAUCCCCAACUACGCGUUCGGGUGCGUGGGCUCGGUGAGCGGGCCGACUUCCGACCUCCCGAAGCAGGGGCUCCUGGGCCUAGGCCGGGGCCCCAUGGCCCUGCUGUCCCAGGUCGGCAACAUGUACAACGGCGUCUUCUCCUACUGCCUGCCCAGCUACAAGUCAUACUACUUCUCCGGGUCGCUCCGGCUGGGCGCCGCCGGCCAGCCCCGGUCCGCGAGGUACACGCCGAUGCUGAAGAACCCCCAUCGGUCGUCGCUGUACUACGUGAACGUGACGGGGCUGAGCGUGGGGCGGUCCCCGGUGAAGGUGCCCGCGGGGUCGUUCGCGUUCGACCCCAGCACGGGCGCGGGCACGGUGGUGGACUCCGGCACGGUGAUCACGCGGUGGACGGCGCCCGUGUACGCGGCGCUGCGGGAGGAGUUCCGGCGGCACGUGGCGGCGCCGAGCGGGUACACCUCGCUGGGCGCGUUCGACACGUGCUUCAACACGGACGAGGUGGCGGCCGGGGGCGCGCCGGCCGUGACGAUCCACAUGGACGGCGGCGUGGACCUGGCGCUGCCGAUGGAGAACACGCUGAUCCACAGCAGCGCGACGCCGCUGGCGUGCCUGGCCAUGGCGGAGGCGCCGCAGAACGUCAACUCCGUCGUCAACGUCGUCGCCAACCUGCAGCAGCAGAACCUCCGGGUCGUCUUCGACGUCGCCAACUCGCGCGUCGGCUUCGCCCGGGAGUCCUGCAACUAGUUCCCACGAGGCGACCUUUCUUCACGUGUUCGUGCGGUUAUAAUCGAAUCAUUAGCCAUGCAUUUGGGUGUACGUACGUACGUACUACGUGUGAUUGUUAAUUUGCGGCUUAGUAUUUUUCAGUGUGUGCAAUAAGGAAUGUGGCAUCAAAGUUUGUCACGGGUGGGUGCGCGUGUGUUGUGCUGUACUACGUGUCGAUAGAACUAGAGAAUUACUGUAGUACUGGUCGUAACUAUUUACUGGUGUGAUGUGUGGUGCAUUUAAUUAACUUGUUUGUUUCGUU